CGUGCCAGGCUGCUAAUUGCAGGCACAGGACCGCCAUGCAACGCUGCUAAUGAACGGUGCGUUCGCGACUGCCCCAUUGCAGGCUGUCCGCCGCCCUGCCAGGCUGCUGGGGAACGGCCUCCCUGCCAGGCGGCACAUUAGUUGCAGGGUUGCUGAUUAGCUGCAUGCAGGGAUUUGCACUGGCAGCCCCGUUGCUUUAACUGCCUGGCUGCAUCCUAGCCCCCGCGUUGGCUCAUCCCUCUCCCUGCCUCCCUCAGCAUGGGCACCGUGCUGUCCCUCUCGCCGGGCUCCCGCAAGGCCAGCCUGUACGAGGAGGGCUCCUCCGGCUCGCUGGCGCACUACCCGGGCGUGCCGAGCGCCAAGGGCAGCGGGCAGAAGGCCGACAAGAACCUCAAGCGCCACUCCAUGUUCAUCCCGGCCUUGACCUGGAAGCGGCUGGUGGCCUCCACCAAGAAGAAAGGCUCCCGGGGCGGGGGGAAGGGGCCCGCCCACAAUAACAACAACAACCACCCCCACACCAAGGACGUGGCGCUCCUCAACCACGAGAACGUCAAGAAGUCGCUGUCCUGUGCCAACCUCGCCAGCUACGACGGGGGCGGGCCGCCCCUGGCGCCGCUCAGCGCCACGCGCAUCUCCACCACCUCCGUCUCCUCCCUCAAGCCGGGCGCCUGCCUGGGCGGGGGCAGCUCGGCCUCCCCGCGGCGCGUGGUCGUCCAGGCCUCCACCAGCGAGCUGCUCAAGUGCCUGGGCGAAUUCCUCUGCCGCCGGUGUUACCGCCUCAAGCACCUGUCGCCCACGGAGCCCAUCCUGUGGCUGCGCAGCGUGGACCGCUCGCUGCUGCUGCAGGGCUGGCAGGACCAGGCCUUCAUCACCCCGGUCAACGUGGUCUUCGUCUACCUGCUGUGCCGGGAGGUAAUCGACGGGGAUUCGGUCUCCAGCGAGCACAACCUGCAGGCGGCGCUGCUCACCUGCCUCUAUCUGUCCUACUCCUACAUGGGCAACGAGAUCUCCUACCCGCUCAAGCCCUUCCUGGUGGAGGCGGCGAAGGAUGCCUUCUGGGACCGGUGCCUUCGCAUCAUCAACGCCAUGAGCGGCAAGAUGCUGCGGAUCAACGCGGACCCCCACUACUUCACCCAGGUCUUCGCCGACCUCAAAAACGAAGGCAGCACCCGCGAGGACUUUGCUCGCGUCCUGGACCGGUGACUGGCUCAGGGCAUUAAGGACCAACUGGUCCCCUCCCCACCAACCUCAUGUGCAGCGCAGCCCUCGCCUUGCUGUGACCUUUAACGACCAGCUUGCAGCGAGCCAGGGAUUUUCCUCUGGCUCGCCUGGGCCAGAUCUCCCCCGAGUCAGGCCAGACUCAUCCAAACACUUACAAGAACUCUGGCUUGGCUGCCCCUCCCCCCGUGCCAUGAGCCAACAAUGGGGGGGUGUCUGUGUGCAGUGUGGGGGAGGCAGCCUUCAGCUCCGGUGUCUGUGUCAGAGACAGCCGAGGAGCAGCCAAAGGCCAAGAGUUUGAUUCCCUUUUAAUAGGCCAAGAAGUGCCUGUAGGUUCCCUCCUUCCCCUCCCCACCUCACCCCCCAGUGCCAUGUUCCUGGCUUGUUAAUUUCCUCUUCUUUGGGGUUUGCUUGAGAUGCAUUGCAAAGCGAUGGGGAAAAUUCCAGGGAGGGUCUAAAAUAGCCACGUGAUGCGCGCUUUAGUUUCGGCCGGUGAUGUGCUUGUACAGGUGAAUUCUCCUUUCGGACUAGCCCUGUCUUGCUUAGAAAACCUCCCGCCCCCUCCUUGCCAGACGCCGGUGCAUUGUACAGUCUGUUAGUGCCAGUCACGCCGGAGCCUUCCUCUCUGUGCCUGCCUGACCUCUGCAGCCAGGAAUCGGCGCUGGCUGGUGGCUCUGUUCGAUGCCUGGGCCAGGUAGCUGAUGUCCCCUGCUGUUUUUCAGCAGUGAGUUUCUUAUUUAAAACUGGGAGGGGGGGAUCCCCCCCAGCCAAACACGCCGCUCUGGAUUUUCUUCCAGACGGGGAGGACAUUAAAGCGCAUUCCUCAGAUCAAGACUGAUGCAUUUUCACUGGAACUGGACUCUGCUUAUUUUUAAUAUUUGUUGCAUUUCUUCUUUGGAACCACUAUUUAUUUGGGUGGAGCUGUCCAGCCUCCUCCUUCCCUCCCCUGCCCCCAAAGACGCCCAUGAGCUGAGGGGCUUUGGGGGGUGAUUCCGGACAGAAACUUGUCCCUUGGUCCCUGUACCAGGGCGUGGCUACAAAGGCCAAAGAACCAUGAGACUGCAGUGGGAGGUUUCACCUUGCAAUCUGGCGAUGCUCCCGACAGACAUAGGGGCCUUCGCUUUCAUGCCCCUCCCAGUGCGGAAUGAAGACGACAGUCGAUAUUUAAAGCAAAAACUCUUCCCUUCCCCUCAGACCCUGGAGGUGUUUGAAAUCUGUUUGUAAUAUUUACUAUCUCCGACUUGCCUACGUGUCCGAUUUCUAAAUGUGUCAUUGCUGGGAGCGAGCCGCCCCCCCAGGUGCUCCAGGGACGGAGCCUUGUCACAGGGUGCCGGGAGCAGUGGGGUCAGAUAUGUUCUGCUGAUGACUGUGGCACUUUAUGCAAAAUAAAA